UUUGUGUACCCUGCCGAUAAGGAUUCGGUGCUUCUCGUGAACCAAGAUGACUACAACAAUUGCAACACGGAUCAUCCUCUACAAAAAUACGACGGCGGCCACACAGUCUACACGUUCGAGAAAUCCGGGCCCCACUACUUCAUAAGUGGGACCAAUGACAACUGCCAAAAGAAUGAGAAGGUUGUUGUGGUUGUCUUGGCCGAGAGGGGCAACCGCACAGACUCAUCAGCUCCCACGCCCUCUCCCUCCGCCGACACGCCGCCAUCUCCCGCCCCCGCUAGCCAAGGCUUCCCGUCCCCGCCCUCGCCCUCGGGGACCGUCGAGAUUAACCCGGUGCCGGCGCCUUUCAGUGAGCCUCCACCCCCAAGUGGUGCUGCUUCUGUCCACAUGAGCCUUUUGGGCUGCAUUGGUGCACUUGUUGCUGCUUCAUCACUUGUAUUCUAGUAAUUCUAAUUGGAUUGACAAAAGUUUCUUCUUCUUUUUUUUUUU